AUGGCGGUCGCCUCCAUCCAAGACCGAACCGCCGAGUUCAAGUCGGUGCUGGCGCAGGCCCAGCGUCGCCAAAAUGCCAGCAAAGUCUCGUCGCAGAGGAAAUCGCUCCUGAGCGACUCACAAAAAGCCGCCGCGAAUGGCGACGCGACACCCCGGCGAUCCGACUUUGCCAGGAAGGCGGCCGAGAUUGGGCGCAGCAUCUCUGCCACCAUGGGAAAGCUGGAGAAGCUGGCACAGCUUGCCAAGCGCCGCACGCUGUUUGACGACCGGCCCGUCGAGAUCAACGAGCUCACCUUUGUCAUCAAGCAAGACCUGUCCUCCCUCAACCAACAGAUUGGCGCCCUCCAGACGCUCUCGAAGCAGCAACAUCCAAAAGCGGACCAAGAAGGCGAGCACAACAAGAACGUCGUGUACCUGCUACAGGGCAAGUUGACGGACGUGUCGGUCAACUUCAAGGACGUGCUCGAGGAGCGGACAAGAAACAUUCAGGCGUCGAGGUCACGGACGGAAAACUUCAUCUCGUCGGUGUCGCAGCACGCGCAGCCGUCGAUGCAGCAGUCGGCGUCGCCGCUCUACGGCACCCCGAACCGGGCGUCGCCGGCGCCGGGGUCGGGGUCGGACACGCUCUCGCUGAACCCCGUGGGCGACCAACAGCUGAUGAUGAUGGAGGAGGCGCAGCCGACCAACACGUACAUCCAACAGCGGGGCGAGGCGAUUGAGUCGAUCGAGAAGACCAUCAGCGAGCUGGGCAGCAUCUUUGGGCAGCUGGCGACCAUGGUGUCGGAGCAGAGCGAGAUGAUCCAGCGCAUCGACGCCAACACGGAGGACGUGGUGGACAACGUCGAGGGCGCGCAGAGGGAGCUGCUCAAGUACUGGUCACGCGUGUCCAGCAACCGGUGGCUCAUUGCCAAGAUGUUUGGCGUGCUGAUGAUUUUCUUCCUGCUUUGGGUGUUGGUGUCGGGAUAG